UUAGUACCAGUAUAAACACGAUUUUGUGAUGGAGAGAGGAAAGCACAUUGGGGCCCGAAGUGUUCUGGAUGAUACCAGGUUGCUGCACUGCUUGCAUGCUGCCAAAUUACAGAGUGAACAGGAGUAUAAGAAAGGAUCCCAAGGAGUGUGGUCUCAGUACUAUCUGCCCAUGGACAUGGUGAAUCUUGUCCAUGCAAGGAAAGCCCAGGCCUUAGCGAGCGAUCAAGAUUAUAGAAAGAGACUCCAUGAAUUUACAGCACUCCCAGAAGACUUGAAGAUGAAAUGGGCCAAAAGAGCCCACAUGCUGCAGAGUGAGCAUCGCUAUAAAUCAGACCUGAACUUCAUGAAAGGAGUUGGCUGGAUGGCUCUGAGAUCUCCGCAGAUAGAAAGUGUAAAGAAGGCUGGCGAGCUCAUCAGUGAGACCAAGUACCGUCAGAAGCCAGAAAGUUUGAAGUUCACUGCUGUGGUUGACUCUCCAGAUUUGAUUCAUGCUAAAAAUAGCUACCUCCAGUGCAAUGAGAGGCUGUACAAGGCUGGAGACUCUGAAGCCAGGCACAGGUAUACCCUGCCUCCUGAUCAUCCAGAUUUUAUCCGAGCUCGCCAGAAUGCACUUAAUAUCAGUGAUAAAGCGUAUAAAACAUCUUGGGAACAGACAAGAGCAUCUGGCUAUGAUUUUAGGAUUGACGCCAUUCCAUUCCAGACAGCAAAGGCUUCAAGAGAGAUUGCUAGUGAUUACAAAUACAGAGAAGCCUUCCUGCGAGACAGAGGCCAGAUGAUUGGAUUCUUCAAUGCAAACGAUGAUGCCCACAUUGGACAUGUUCUCAGAGUGGGGAAACUCCAGAGUGACAACCUGUACAGGAGUGGAUAUGCCCAAAACAGAGCACGUUUUCGGAGUCACCUUAACCAGCCGGGGUUCCUCCAUGCUAAGAGAAGCCAGCAGCUUGCCAGCAAUAUUAACUACAAGCAGCCCUUGCACCAAUACACUUGUGAUCCCGAGCAGCUAAAUGUGAAACAUGCAAAGCAGGCCUAUAAGCUGCAGAGUGAUGUAAAAUACAAGUCUGACUUGAACUGGCUCAGAGGCAUCGGCUGGACUCCCCCGGUUCUUAUAAAGUGGAAAGGGCAAGAAGAGCUGCUGAGCUGGCAUACCUUCGGGAAAUGGGGCUGCAGGCUGCUUCUGCUCAGUAUGGACCUGAAGUUGACCAAGUGGGACCAGAAGGAUCUCAGCAGGUCACAGUUAAUCCUGAUGCUUCGGAAAUUCUGCAAGUCAAGAGAAGGAAAAUGCAGCUGUACAAGUAGUAAACAUGAACAUGACAAAACACAAAUAGAUUUUCAUCUUAUCCUACAAAACCUUUAUUCUGCUCAACAGAAGAAGUACCGUCAGCAUCCAUAUGCUUUGAAGUUUACCAGUAUUAAAGACACUCCUGAGAUGAUCCAGGCUAGAAUUAGUUAUAACCAGGCUGUGGAUAGGUUGUACAAGGAACAUGGAGAAAGUGUAAAGCAUCAAUAUACGCUAACAACAGAUCUUCCUGAAAUCCUUCGGGCUAAAUUAAACACCAAGAAUAUCAGUGAGAUUCGCUAUAAGGAGUCCUGGCAAAAGAUGAAAGAUGGUGGAUAUCAGCUGAGACUCGAUGCCAUUCCCUUCCAGGCAGCUAAGGCUUCGGGUGAAAUCAUAAGCGAUCACAAGUAUAAGGAAGCAUUUGAGAAAAUGAAAGGGCAGAUGAUUGGUUCAUAUGGCUUGGAUGGUGAUAUUCGUAUUGCUCAUUCAGUCCAUGCAUCAUCUCUACAGAGCAACGUGAAAUAUAAGCAAGGUUUUGAGGAUACAAAGACUCAUUUCCAUCUGCCACUCGAUAUGAUAAACUUGGUGCAUGCCAGGAAAGCCCAGUCUCUGGUCAGUGAACAAGAAUACAGACAGCUGCUACACCAGUACACUUCUUUGACUGAUGAUCUGAGAUUGCAGUGUGCCAAGAAUGCAUAUAAACUACAGAGUGAGAAUUUAUAUCGGUCUGACAUGAACUUUAUGAGAGGAGUUGGAUGUAUUACUCCAGGGGCCCUAGAGAUUGAAGGAAAGAAGAAAGCCUCUGAACUCAUCAGUGAGAGUAAAUAUCGUCAGCAGCCACAUUCCUUCAAGUACACAUCGGUGACAGACUCUCCUGGCCUCCUUCAUGCAAAAUUCAGCAAUAUGAUUGCUAAUGAGCGCCUUUAUAAAGCAGCAGGAGAGGACAUUCAGCAUCACUAUACACCAACACUGGGUCUGCCUGAGUUCACACAAGCAAGAAUAAAUGCAGCCAAUCUCAGUGAUGUGAAAUACAGGGAAUCUUGGCAUAAUCUACGUGCUCAAGGCUACAAGCUGACAAUGGAAGCACUCCCUUUCCAGACUGCGAGGGCCUCCAGAGAAAUUGCCAGUGAUGUGAAUUUUACUGAAUUAAAGCAACUCCAUAACCAUCUGAAAUACACUGAAGACUUUGAAGAACAGAGAGGGAAAGGCAGCUUUCCUGCUAUGAUCACUCCAGCUUAUCAAAUUGCCAAGAGAGCAAAUGAAUUAGCCAGUGAUGUAAAGUAUCAUCAAAUGUAUGAAAAAGAAAUCAAGGGAAAAGCCAGCCAUACAGCUGAAGCAGAUGUUACUUUUACAAGAGAAAAUGUGGAUCAAUAUGGCCAGGAUUAUAUGAAUGAGUAUGAAGAACGCAGAGGGAAAGGAAGCUUUCCAGCUAUGAUCACCCCAGCUUAUCAAAAUGCCAAGAAGGCAAAUGAAUUGGCAAGUGAUAUAAAAUACAAGAAAGAUCUUUCCAAGAUGAAAGGUGCAGCUCACUUUCACUCUCUAACAGCUGAUGACAACCUGGUCCUUAAACAAGCCCAAAGUGCUAACAAGCUUGUUAGUGAGGUGGAAUAUAAGAAGGAUCUUGGAAACAACAGAGGGUACAGCAUUAACUACUGUGAUACUCCACAAUUCAAGAAUGUGAGCAAGAUCUCAAAAUACACCAGUGAUAUUAAAUACAAAGAAACAUACCAGAACCAAAUGAAAGGUCAUUACAUGGGUAUUGGCAUGGACAAGCGAAUGUUACAUGCCAUGAAGGUGGGCAGCUUGGCAAGCAAUAUAGCCUAUAAAUCUGAUUACAAACAUGACGGUGUUGACUACAAUUACCCAGCUACUCUCACUCCUUCAUAUCAGACAACAAGGAAGUUGGUCCCUUUGAAAGAUGUAAACUACAGGCAAAGCAUAGACAAGAUGAAGUAUAGCUCUGUUGCCAGCACUCCACAAAUUGCUCAAGCCAAAAUAAAUGCUCAGCAGCUCAGUGAUUUGAACUACCGAGCUCAGUAUGAGAAGACAAAAACAAAUUACACUCUACCUCAGGACAUACCUCAGUUGGUCAAGGCCAAAGCCAAUGCAGAAUUAUAUAGUGAGGUUAAGUACAAAGAAGGCUGGGAGAAGAGCAAGGGCCAGGGAUUUGAAAUGAAGCUUGAUUCCCUGCCUUUACUUGCUGCCAAAGCUUCAAGGGAUCUUGCAAGUGAUAUUAAGUAUAAAGAAGAGUAUGAAAAAACAAAAGGAAAAGCAACUGAAACAAAAGAUUCAAGACUUUUGCACUCUCUGCAGGUGGCCAAGAUGAGUAGCGAGAUUGCCUACAAAAAAGAUUUUGAGGAGAGUAAGACCCAUUUCCAUCUCCCUAUGGAUAUGGUAAACCUGAGGCAUGCUAAGAAGGCCCAAGCACUUGCUAGUGACCUGGAUUAUAGAAAGAGACUCCAUGAAUACACAGUGGUUCCAGAAGAUAUGAAGACAAAAUGGGCCAAGAAGGCCUACGGGCUCCAAAGUGAUCUUCAAUAUAGGGCAGACCUGAUGUGGAUGAAAGGAGUUGGAUGUAUUACAGAAGGAAGUCUUAAUAUACAGCAAGCCAAAAAGGCAGGAGAUUUGGUCAGUGAGAAAAAAUACCGACAGAAGGCUGAUGCUCUGAAAUUCACCAGUGUGGCUGACAGUUCUCACAUCAAACAUGCCAAGAAAAGCCAGGAAUUGCAAAGUGAUGUUGCCUACAGGUCAGGAAAAGAGCAGUUUCUUCAUCAGUACACCAUCACCAAAGAUGACCCUGUCUUCUUAUUGGCCAAAGCAAAUGCUGCCAAUAUCAGUGAGAAACUGUACAGAAGUAGCUGGGAGAAGCAGAAGGAAAAAGGAUUUGUUCUUCGUCUGGAUGCUUUGUCAUUCUUGACAGCUAAGGCAAAGAGGGAUCUGGCAAGUGAUAUUAAAUAUAAGGAAGGUUAUGAGAAGAUGAAGGGUAAGCUGAUUGGAGUAAAAACUGUGGAGGAAGAUUCAAAGAUGGCUCAUUCCCUUCAAAUGUCAAAACUGCAGAGUGAUCUGGAGUACAAGAAGGCAUUUGAGGACACAAAGAAUCAGUUCCAGGUCUCCCUGGAUAUGGCUAACCUUGUCCAUGCCAAAAAGGCUCAGAAUUUGGCUUCAGAUAAAGGAUACAGAACAGCCCUCCAUCAUUACACUGUUUUGCCUACUGACAGGAAAGUGGCAUGGGCCAAAUGGGCGUACGGAUUGCAGAGUGAUAACCGAUAUAGAGCAGAUUUGAACUGGAUGAAAGGAGCUGGAUGGAUAGCCACUGGGUCAUUAAAUGUGGAGCAGGCUAAGAAGGCAGGAGAACUCAUUAGUGAGGUGAGAUUUCAUGACAGCAUGCAACAGAAUUUGCUGCAUAAUGUCUGCAAAAUGUCUGUAUAAAAUUAAAAUAAUUUC